GCAGCUCGGGGCUGUAGGAGAGUUAAUUGGGAAACUUUUCUGGAGAGCAUGUCGCUGUUCUGAAACCAGUACUGUAACCUGUGUCUGGAGCUGUGGAGGCCUGCAGCGGUGUGCGGUUUAGUGGAGGUAUAGUGAUGUUAAAGGGCUGUGUGAGGAGCGCAGGAGCGGCGGGGCAGUGCUGUGAACAGGUUGUCCAGACUGCAGACUUGUGAAUCAAGACUCAGAAGAAGCUAAUCUACACACACACACACACACAAACACACACACACACACACACAUACUUGUGGAGAGAUGGAGUGGAGUGAGUCCUUGUCUGAGUGUGAUGCAGCUCUUACAGAAGCUCAGAGAUGGAUGGAGGCGGUCACUAAGAAGAAGUUUGGGAGUUGCAGCUUCCGGAGCUCUCUGGAGAAUGGAGUACUGCUGUGUGAUCUAGUUAACAAGAUCAAGCCUGGCAUUAUCAGGAGAGUUAACAGACAUUCCACACCUAUUGCUGGCCUUGACAACGUCAACAUCUUCCUCAAGGCUUGUGGCAAGCUAGGACUUAAAGAAGCCCAGCUCUUCCAUCCAGGGGACCUGCAGGACUUGUCCACACGUGUUACUGUCAAGCAUCAGGAGACCAGCAGGAGGCUCAAAAAUGUUCUGAUCACAAUCUACUGGCUGGGCAGAAAGGCACAAGUUGAUCCAGCGUAUAAUGGACCUUACCUAAACCUGAAGGCUUUUGAGGGAUUACUAGGAACAACAUUAUAUAAGGCACUAGAUGAUUGCACGUCUCUACGGCGCAGUGUGAGAGAACGUGAGUUUGGAGACAGCUGGUACUCGGAGAGAGAGGAGAUAUUUUCUCUGCAGGCAGGACACAGGAGAGACGACUCUCUGGACAGUUUAGACUCGCUGGGCUCCAGGACCACCAGCACGUCAUCAGAAACCAAACUUAAGGGCAGUAGUGAGGGCUGUGGCAGUGACCCUGAAGCAGAGCUGGGCUUCAGAAUGUCAGAAAACAAGGACUCCCUCAGCUAUCGCCGCUCGCUUGUCGUCACCCCCAAGACCACCACUCAGUUCAAUCAGUUCCUGCCCACCAAAGACAAGCAGACCGGCUACGUUCCAGCCCCCCUGCGCAAGAAGCGCGCUGAGCGUCAUGAAGACAACAGACGGAGCUGGGCCAGCCCCAUGUUCACCGAGGAGGAUGGAACCUUUUCUAGACUGUUGCAUAAGGACUCUGGUAGGGCUGGGAGCAAAUCAAUAGGUGACAUCCCAAUUGAGCAGGUCACAAAGCAGGUCCAAUAUGAGCAGCUCCAGAAGUUCCGAGACCAGGUGAAAGAGAGUGAGGACAAGUGGCAAGAUGAUCUCAGCGCAUGGAAGAACAGACGCAGGAGUGUUAACUCCGAUAUAAUGAAAAAGAAAGAAGAGAGGGAACAGAUAGAGGUCCUCACUUCAGGCAGCAGCACCAGGAAAUCCAAAACCUUGAGAGAGAUGGCUGAGGAGAGAGAGAACAGAGGUCCCGGCAGCUACAGGAGUCGCUUCAGUGCCUACUCCACUUCUGAAGACCAGGACGUCUUCGAAGAUCCAGCACCCAGCACCAGGUCCAUCCUGUCUCGCAGCUACACCGUUGAUAAUCCCUACACUCUUAGAGAGAAGCCAGCGGUGCGCUCUCUGCCCAGUCUGAGCGAUGAGGAGCCUAUGGCUGGCAGCGUGGCAUCCGACGAACCAGAUACUCCAGCGAGCCCUACUUACACCAGCCCAGGGAACGAGGUAAAGAUGAGCAGCAGUGGUAGAGAAAACCAAACCAGCAGUACCAGCCGCAGCCUACUGGAUGACCCAGUUCCAUCCAGCAUCACCAGUCGCUCCAGUAGCAAUAGCAGUCCUCCGUUGGAACCCAGCAUCAACAACAACAGCAGCAGCUUCAAGCCAAUCGAGAACUCCAGAAGCUCCAUUACUCCUGUGCCUGAACCCAGGCGUCUCUAUGGAAGGCCUGAGGAGGAUCAAAGCCAGACCUAUUUGUAUAAUAAGCCCGAUUCAGUGGAGACAAAGCAGCCUGGGGUGGCUCGAGUUUCCGCCUCCCUCCCCAGGAGCUACCAGAGAUCGGAUAGCGCCCGGCUUACCUCUGUAGUUACGCCCAGGCCUUUUGGCAUCCAGACAAACAGGAUCGCCUCUCUGCCUCGAGCCUACACGCUGGACGACUCCCACAAGCGCCUCAAUGGUGAGACAGAGAGCUCCAAGAAAACUACAGUUCCUAGCCGUUAUGCACAGUUUAUGAAGGAGGACGAGGCAAACUCCCAGACAAGCUCUGUUCAUAGCAGCAAUGAGGAUGAGGGUGAAGAGGAGGAGGAAGAGCAGGUAGCUCCAGCUACUCAAACAUCCUCCUCUGUUACUCCUGUCAGCCGUGUGUCUCCACAGCCUAAAGCUGUGUCCCCUGUCAACAACACACAGCAGGAGAGCUACAGUGACAUGAGGAUCAGCUUGAAUCAGAAACCCAACAGCAGUUAUGACUUUGGCUUCCAGAGCACCUGGGACUCCACAGGGGCUCGUGUCAAAUCAAUUCAACCAGGCAGUCCAGCAGCGCUGUGCCAUCUGCAGGUGGGGGAUGAGCUCCUGGCAGUAAAUGGACACAAGGUGGCAGACAUGAGCUAUGAGGAAUGGAAGAGCAGUAUGGACCAGGCCCUGCAGCAGGGCAGCUUGCUCAUGGACAUCCGCAGGCAUGGCAAGAACAAUUGGGGCAGAGACCAACCUUCCCUUCCAUUUAAAAUCCAUAAGACGAUCAAUCUGACCAGUGCGGAUCCUCUAGGUCCCCCUGAGACAUACGCCAACUCCAGCCUGAACUUCAGCUCCCACCCAACUGUGGACACCACCAUGAAAACUCUGAAUGUCAGCACCCAGCCUGGAAAUUAUCUGCCUUCUAAUGGCAUAAAUGGUGGAAUACGUGAGGAGCCAGUGACUCUUAGGAACAAAGAAUCAGAACCCAUUUCUUUGAAAAACCUAAAAAGGAGAUCAGAGUUUUUUGAACAAGGCUCAGCAGGGAACACAGUCAAUGCUCUGGUCUAUCUCUGUGGUGGAUCUGAAACUGCAAUAUCAGAUUUGCUCGUUCCACCUCUCUCUUCCUCCUCCAACCGCUGGUCCUGGGACCCGGAGGAAGAGCGCCGCCGACAGGAGAAAUGGCAAAAAGAGCAGGAGCGUCUGCUGCAGGAGAAGUAUCGUCGGGAUCAGGAGAAGCUAGAGGAGGAGUUUAGAAAAGCCCAACAGGAAGCUCUCAAAGAGGGCACAAAACAAUAUGAAGAGGAGAUGAGGAACCUGGAGCUGGAGCAGCUCAGUGUCAGCUCCCACUCCCCACUGUCUCCUCUCAGCCAAGCCAGUCCACCUUUAGAGGAGCAGGAGGCCUCCAGACUGGCGGAGGAGAAGCAGCGUCUAGAGGAGGAGAAACGGCAACUAGAGGAGGAGAGGAGAAGGAAGGAGGAACAGCAGCGCCUAGAGGAGGAAAAAAGAAGAAGGGAACAGCAGGAGCGUCUUGAGGAGGAGAGGAGACGAAGAGAAGAGCAAGAGCGACUCGAGGAAGAAAGGAGGAGAAAGGAACAACAGAAACGACUGGAAGAAGAGAGGAAGAAAAGGGAGGAGGAGGAGUUUAGGCGUAGGGAGGAGGAAAGAGUAAGAAGGGAGCAGGAGGAGAGGAGGCGUCAGGAGGCCCAGGAGAGGCUUCAGGAAAAUGAUGUGGACUAUGGCUAUACCAAUAUAUUUCCUGAGCUAUCCUACUCACACAGGGCAAAGUCCAAAUCCACACCAGAGCUUGAUGAAAUGGAAAAAUCAGAUAUUAAAGAUGUGUAUAAGAGGCACAGGGGGCUGGCAGGCUGGCUCUUGGAAGAAGAAUUAAGAAGAAAGAAAGAUCCUCAUAUCCAGAAACAGCAGGCCGCAUCGGAGCUGGAACUAGAGAGGAGAAGAAUCCUUAGUGCUAUGAAAUACAGAAACCCAGAAAGAGCUGUAGGUGGUGGUCUGGGCGAGAAGAAAGACUCAUUAUCUCAGGCUGAGUUGGAGAGGCAACAGAUCAUUCAGGAUAUGAAGAAGAAGACUCCGUUGCUGACAGACGGCAGCUGGAUCCGUCAGCGCAGCACUACAAGCAGCACGAGCAAAGAACCUGUCAGUCUGCCAAUGAGGAGAGGAGAGUCUCUGGACAACCUUGACUCAACCCGUCCCUCUUGGAGGUCAUCAUGGACACCAGGCAGCACUUCCUCCAUUCCAGACUAUAGCCGGCCCUAUAUGUCCGGCUCCUCCUCGUACAGCAACAGCGGACGUCCAGCCUCUGCCACUCUGCCCGCGUCCCAGUCCCUGAGCUCCCAGAAACAGUCGUGGUCUACAUCCUCCAUUCCCUCUCAGCUCCCUAACACCAACACACAGCAGGACUCUCAGUCCCUCUCCCGGAACAGGUCAGUCAGUGGCAAGAAAAUCUGUACUUUCUGUGCUAUGCCCCUGGGCAAAGGAGCGGCCAUGAUCAUCGAGUCCCUGGGGCUCUGUUAUCAUUUAACUUGCUUUAAGUGUUUUGAGUGCAAAACAGAUCUGGGAGGCACAGAAGCUGGAGCUGAAGUCAGAAUACGCAACAAACAGCUCUACUGUAACUCCUGCUACAUGCGGGUCAAGGCUGGGCAGCCCACUGACAUGUGACCUCAUUGGAUUACAGCAGAUUGAGGAAGAACCUACACCCUACAAGUAACCACCAGCACUGCGAGCGAGCAUUACCACAUGUGGUGAACACUUUGGAGAUUUUGAAUUUUGUCAUGGGAGCAGUCGAGAUUACACAAUGAGCUUUUUUCCCCUUUCGUUUCACUCAUAAAUGGCUAAGAUUAAUACAAUAAUCAAUGUUUCCAUAAAAGUAUUAGUGUACUUGUAUAAAGUAUGAGGGACGUGCAUUUAUCUGGAACCUAGCCACACAUCCGUAAGCAGUAGCGCAUGCCGUGUUCUUCACAAAUGAAAGAUGAAAAUGAAAUACUGGAUUAAGUGAUCUGGUUAAACAGAUGUGGCUAAAACUUUUUCUUUUUUAAUGCUAAAAGAGUGGUAGAGUCUGCUGUCUUUGUCACUGCUUGUUAAGGCUAUCUUUCUGAGAUUUUUAUGUUAUUUUUAUGUUAUCUUAUGGUGUUUUGUCAAAGAUAUCCUGUCAUUCUGUUCAUUUUUGUGCCUUUCUGUUUAAAAUGGGAAAGAAAAUCAUUUAGCAAAACACGUUAAGGAUAUAUUUUAAAAUGGCAUGGUUAUUAGGAGAAAUGGUGUUUGUUGUUGGCAUCCAGUUAAUGCAGUUAAACAAGAUUUCAAACUCAUACAUACGGCGUAAGAAAUUGUAUUCAUUAAUAUUUGUAAAUAAAGUUUUCCAAAACUGCA